AUGCAGCCAAACCACCGUCCCCCUCAGAAGUUACUUCCCUGGUCCUGGGAGGCUGGCUUUUCUGGACGGACGCUGCAAGCUGCGCUGCCCUGCGCUGCGUUGUGCGGUGCUGCAUAUCUGACCGCCAGUUCAUCAUCAGACCAAAGGACCGAGCCGAGAACACCGUCAGCAUCGGCGAGGCAAGACAAGGCGAGGCAACGACCGGUGAGCAGGACCGGCAAGGGAGGGAGACAGACAGACCGACCACAACACGAGACAAGACAGACUCUUCUUUGUGAGGGGCUGUGGCUCCUUCCUGGUCCUGGUUCCGAGGUCAUGGGCAUGUCCAUGGAAAAAUAA